AUGGAAAACACUAAUCGCGAAAGCGUCCGCAUCUUGGCUGCUAUCUACUACGACAUCAACUCUGUCUGCGAUAUCCGAAAGAGAGUCAACUCAAAGCCCAAAGAUGAAGACACUAAUGACUACAGGACGGCGUGCCGACGUGCCAGCACACUGGUGAGCCGGGCUGUUACCCAAGCAUUGAGACAUCAAGUUUCCAAUCAACGGCACUAUGACCAGCGUUUAACGGAACUGACCACAAGAUUAGGCUGGAAGUUACUCUCCAUCUGCGCGCAUUCUGCAGCCUUUCGACAAGCGACCAUAAGAGCGGGAGUGGUGACGUGGGACGUAUUGAUCAGUCAGCUCGAAGCUAACCGUCUCAGCAUUGAACUCUUUGCUCGGACCCGGAACCUCGAAUGGCGCGGUCCGUUGUUGAAGCACGCCAGACAUAACCUGCCAGAGCUACAGAAAGAACUCGCUCCUUAUAUAAAACUCUACGACCAACAUCCGCACCACUUUGUCCGAAUCGAGAACAAAGCCGUUCGCAUGCCAGUGUAUGAGGAGUUCCUUCAAAUGCAUACCGACGCCUGCAUGUUUGAUCCGAGAGAGUGGAAGAGCUAUGUUGAAGAGGGAGACGUCUAUGACCCCACACAACGUGAAGAAGAAGAUGGAAACUGUUGGAUUUGUCGCCAAAGUCUUGAAUUCCCCUGCUCCUGUCUCCCUCCAGACGUAGGACAACUGGUUGAGCUCGUUGACUAUCCUAAGAAGGGAAUUGGAGUUCGGGCUCUGGCUAACUUCAAAGAAGGACAAAUCCUUGGCGAAUUCAUCGGAGAGAUUCGACACUGGAACUACGGAGGUGAUCCCAAGUAUAGUUAUCUCAUGCAUGAUAAAUAUUUUCAACCCGUUGCAACAAUUUCGCCCAAGCGCUAUGGAAACUGGACACGGUUUAUCAACCAUUCAUGCGGCUCGAGUACCAAGUUCGACACUAUGGCUAUUGGAAAGCGGCUUGUCGUUGUCAUCCGGGCAAAACGGGACAUCAUGAUGUUUGAGGAAAUCACGGUGCAUUAUGGCGGCAAUUAUUGGGAAGGUCGGACCUGCGAAUGCGGUUCAUCAAAAUGUAAAUCAAGAAAGCCGGAGUCCGAGGAAUCGCCUUUGCAAAUCCCAGUUGACAAUGACCAACUACAUGACACUUAA